AAAAAGUCUUGAUGGAUUAUGUUUGGUGAUUCUAGCUAGCAACUGUUAGCGUCAGAUCAGCUGAUCAUCACCACCACAGCCACCAUAGUAACGAAAGCUUCGCGUCAUGGCAAAUAAACGGUGUAAAAGGAGAUUGCCCGAUUAUUAUUGAGGAAUAAAGAGGCUUAUAUGAGAGCUUCGCCUGAGAAGUGACAAUGUCUUCCCUCUGAGGAUGGGAGGAAGUGCAUCCAAAGCCAAAGGUGUGUGGCCUUUCUCUGGCGGUGGAGCUGCAGGUGAUUCUACCUGUGAAGCCAACGAGCAGACAUUGGCCCGCCUCAAAUGUUCCAGCAUUGCCACACCUUUUGUCUUUACCAGGAAAAGCUCGCUAUAUUACGAUGAGGAUGGCGACCUAGCCCACGAAUUUUACGAAGAGAUGGUGGUGACAAAAAAUGGCAGGAAAAAGUCUAAAUUGAAGAGGAUCCAAAAGAAUCUGAUUCCACAGGGCAUUGUAAAGCUCGACCAUCCCUGCAUCCAUGUGGACUUCCCCAUUAUCCUCUCUGAGGUGUGAAGCUUUUUCUCUCACAUAUCAAGUACUCCUACUCAACUGAAGAGCGCAGGACUGAGUUGUCUUACUUUGGGACAUUUAACAUCAAAAAUUGUCAACAUAAUGUGUACAAAUAUUAUUCACGCACGCAUACUCUUGAAGGAGCUAGCUAGCCUUGCCAACAUAUCCAAUAUUGUCACCUUUUAUGAAGAAUAAUAUUAAUAUCAUUCACACACACAUAGUCAUGGAUGAGCUUUGCCAAAACGUAAAAUAUUGUUAGCAAAAGGAAUAAUAGUAUCAUUUAUAAACACAUCGUCAUGGAGAAACUAGUUAGCUUUGGCAAAACGUCAACAUUGUUAUUAAAAUUAAUAAUAAUGAUAUCAUUCACACACACAUGUAGUAAUGGAGGAGCUAGCAAGCUUUGUCAACAAAACAAAUAUUGUCAUCAUAACAAAAAAAUUAUGUAAUUCACACACGUAGUCAUGGAAGAGCUCGCUAGCUUUGCCAACACAACAGAUAUUGUCAUCAUAACGAACAAUAAUAUUAAUAUCAUUCACACACAAGUGAUCUUGGAGGAGCUAGCAAGCUUUGCCAAAGCGUCAAAUAAGGAAUAAUAUUUUUCACACACACACACAUAGUCGUGGAGGAGCUAACUAGCUUUGCCAAACAUGGCAAAUUUGGCAUCAGAAUGGCAUUGAACAGCAACAAUAAUAAUAAUAGUUGUGGAGAAAGUAGCCAGCUUUGCCCAAAGUUGAACAUUGUCAUAAUAAACAAUGAUAAUGAUAUCUUUCACACACAUAUAGUCAUGGAGGAGCAAGCUAGCUUUGUCAACAUGUGAAACAUUGUCAUCAUAAUGAACAAUAAUAACAUAAUAAUGAUAAUAAUCAUAUAGUCAUAGAGGAGCUAGCUAGCUUUGCCAACACGUUAAAAUAUCGUCAUAGUGAACAAUGUUAAUUAUAUCAUUCACACACAGCCAUGGAGCUAGCUAGCGUUACCAACAUGUACGUGCAUUGCUUUUCACUCUGAUUUUGUGGCAACAACACAAAGGACUUUUAGGGCCACCGGGAAAAGAAACAAAAAUGCCAGAAAUGAAUAUACAUUUGUGGUCAAAAGCUUACAUACAAUUGUUAAGGACAUAAUGUCAUGGCUGACUUGAGUUUCCAAUCAUUUCUACAACUCUUAUUUUUUUGUGAUAGAGUGAUUGGAGCACAUACUUGUUUGUCACUAGAAACAUUCAUGAAGUUUGGUUCUUUUAAGAAUUUAUAAUGGGUCUACUGAAAAUGUGACCAAAUCUGCUGGGUCCAAAAUAUACAUACAGCAACAUACAUUAUCAAUUUUGGUUGUUGUAGAAAAGUUACAAUCAAAUCCAAUUAGCUUCAAGGAAUGGCCACUUACCUUCAUGUAAUUGAUCAUGAUUGACGACACUUGUUGACUUCUCUGAGCCCAUUUAAAUAGGGCUCAUGUGAUGCAGUCAUUAGACUCGGUUACAAACACGACAAUAAGAAAGUCAAAGGAAAUCAGUACAGAUCUGAAACAACAAAUCAUUGACUUGAACAAGUCAGGAAAGUCACUUGGAGCCAUGUCAAAGCAGUUUAAGGUCCCAAGAGCAACUCUGCAGACGAUUGUUCGUAAGUAUAAAGUGCAAGGCACAGUUUUGUCACUGCCACGAUCAGGAAAAAAACGCAAGCUAUCACCUGCCACUGAGAGAAAAUUGGUUAGGAGGAUCAAGAGUCAACCGAGAACCACCAAAAAGCCGGUCUGUAAUAAAUUGGGAGCUCCUGGAACACAGGUGUCAGUGUCCACUGUGAAGCGUGUUUAUCGACAUUGACUGAGAGUCUACUAUGCAAGAAGGAAGCGACACCUUAAGGCUCGUCUAAAGUUUGCUGCUGAUCACAUGGACAAAGAUAAGACCUUCUGGAGGAAGGUUCUGUGGUCAGAUGAAACAUAAACUGAGCUAUUUGGCCACAAUACCCAGCAAUAUGUUUGGAGGAGAAAAAGUGAGGCCUUUAAUCCCAGGAACACCACCCUACCGUCAAGCAUGGUGGUCGUUGUAUUAUGCUCUGGGUCUGUUUUGGUGCCAAUGGAACUGUAAAUGGGACAAUGAAAAAGGAGGAUUACCUCCAAAUUCUGGAAUGGCAAAAUCAGGCUAGAAUUAAGAUUUUAGAAUGGCCUUCCCAAAGUUCUGACUUAAAUGCCAUUGAGAACAUGUGGACAAUGCUGAAUAAACAAGUCCAUGUAAGAAAAAAACAACAAAUUUAGCCAUCCAUCCAUCCAUCCAUCAUCUUCCGCUUAUCCGAGGUCGGGUCGCGGGGGCAGCAGCCUAAGCAGGGAAGCCCAGACUUCCCUAUCUCCAGCCACUUCGUCUAGCUCUUCCCGGGGGAUCCCGAGGCGUUCCCAGGCCAGCCGGGAGACAUAGUCUUUCCAACGUGUCCUGGGUCUUCCCCGUGGCCUCCUACCAGCUGGACGUGCCCUAAACACCUCCCUAGGGAGGCGUUCGGGUGGCAUCCUGACCAGAUGCCCGAACCACCUCAUCUGGCUCCUCUCGAUGUGGAGGAGCAGCGGCUUUACGUUGAGCUCCUCCCGGAUGGCAGAGCUUCUCACCCUAUCUCUAAGGGAGAGCCCCGCCACCCGCCACAAAUUUAGCCGAAGUGCACCAAUUUUGUCAAGAGGAGUGGUCAAAAAUUCAACCAAAAGCUUGUGGAUGGCUACCAAAAGCGCCUUAUUGCAGUGAAACAUGCCGAGGGACAUGUAACCAAAUAUUAAAAUUGUUGUAUGUAUACUUUUGACCCAGCAGAUUUGGUCACAUUUUCAGGAGACCCAUAAUAAAUUCAUAAAAUAUUCAAACUUCAUGAAUGUUUUUUGUGACAAACAAGUAUGUGCUCCAAUCACUCUAUCACAAAAAAAUAGAGUGAUUGUAAACAUUUGACCACGACUGUGUAUAUACCUGUGGUAUUAUGAGAAACGUGCUCUUUUUUUGAUGGUCAGUCAAAUGACAACACUUUCAUUCUCAAAAUAUUUGUAUCCUCUCAACCCAUUUUUUUCUUUAAUAUAUUUUACCCUCAUAGAAUUACAAUGUUUGUCCUGUAAUAUUACAUAAUUUAAUUAACUUAAAUUAAUUAUCUUCAUCCUGGCAAUAUUAUGAAUUUUUUCUUACAAAUAUAUAAUUUUCUUUUCAUUGUAAUAUUACAUCUAUAUUGUAAUAAACUAUAUUUAUUGUGUAAUUUUCUACUUUAUUUUUAUAUAUCAUUACCAUAGAAAUAUGACUUUGAAAAAAAUUAUAUUACACUUUUUUUCCGAAAUAGGAAAAGUGUUAGUACCAUAAAAAUAUUUCUUGUAGUUUACUACUUUAUUUUGGUAAUAUUUUCAAUAAAAUGUCUCAUGUUUCAUGUAAUGUUGAAAUAUUGUUAUGUCUUUUUGUAAUUUGUCUUUAUUUACUGUGGUCCUGAAACUUCUUUGUACAGAAAUACAGUUAAAAGUAAGUGUAUGCCUUUUGUGGAACGUGGAAUUGUAGCAACUUUGUGUGUGCGUGCGUAUAAAUGGGUUGUGUAGUUCCAGGAUAAUUGUACGUAAAAUAUAUUUUGUGUGUGUCAGCCUUCUAAAUCACGUUUGCUCGGACCUGCACUAGUGAACUUGAUGCACUGUAAAUAUUUCAAAUAAUAGUUGGAAAUACUUGAAUAAAUGAUUUGCUGAGCUCAA